AUGACGGGAAUGGACGUCCUGGGUUUGAACCUUUCAAACCCAAGCAUUCCGCCGCAGAAGGUGUCUCACGCGCACCCAUAUGCUUCUUCAAUUUCCUCUUCUGCCUCCUCUUCUUCCUCGUCCAUCUUUUCGCUCGACGGUGUCUCAUCCCAGAGCGCCAUCUCGUCGACAUCGACGAAUCCGAUCGAUGUGAUUUGGGAGAGCGAGAGCGCACCUCAGACUGGUGGCCGAGGCUUGUCUCAUUCAAGUGAAUCAAGUUCCCGUUGCCUUCGGCCUCUUGUAAAUGGGCUUGCCCCGAAAGUCACUGACGCUCCAGUUCCACCGGAGUUGCGCAAGCAUCCUCGGAGAACCACCAAUUAUGUCGUCCAGUCGAACGGCGUUCCAUGCGUCCGCCCUCCACCCUGUCUGGUGCGCCAGUCCGAGCGGAAGGUGAAUUUCGUCGAUAGCCUCGUCGAUUCCGCGUCGCAGAUCGUCGAGAUUAUCUGGCCCCUGUCGGCAGUAUUCCACCGUGCCGACUCUACUGCAGGAAGCAAAGGUGUUUUGCCUCUUCGUACCUUCAUCCAAGAGACGCUGCGUCGGUCACGCACCAGCUACAGCACGUUGCAGGUGGCGUUGUACUACCUGAUCAAGAUCAAGCCACAUGUGCGAAAAUUCGACUCGAACGAGCAACCUCGGGAGAGAUCACUGUCGCGUGCUAUGCAGUGCGGGCGUCGUAUGUUUCUCGCAGCUCUCAUCUUGGCAUCUAAAUAUCUCCAGGACCGGAACUACUCGGCGCGUGCUUGGAGUAAGAUCUCUGGCCUUAACACGACGGAGAUCAACCAGAAUGAGCUGCUAUUUCUCGACGCUGUGCAGUGGAAAUUGCACAUCCCCGAGGCUACUUACCAUCGAUGGACUAGCAUCGUACUGAAGUUGACUCAGGGCGCUGGAGGACCACCUCGGCCUGACGGUCUGUGCUGGCGGACGGCUAUCCCCAAGCUGACUCCUGAACUGGAUACCAUCGACGUGGAACCUGCGAAUCCGUUCAUGCCGUCCUUCGGCGGCUUUGAUUUUGAGUCGCUGCCUCCGCGUAGUCCGCCUACUGGUGACCCGUCUAACCCAUCUUCCUCUGCCAGUGGGCAGGCCCCGUCGUACCCGCGGAACAUCCCUGUCACGCUCGAACCGACUCCCCGGAUGGACUAUCCGACUUCUUCGUUCCCGUCUGUUCCGCGACCUCCAAUGCUACCUACUCCGCAGUUGACGAACCAGUCGAGCCUCGCUUCCACCCCCGCAGCGGGUGUUGGCGCUUACGUUCUUCGAAGGACUUCCAUCGGUGCUGCUAUGACCCAGGCACAGAACAUCUGCAUGGCGCGGUCGACGCUCGAUCAGCGCCCUCCUACUACGUUCUGUGCCAAGGCAAACAGCUUCGAUGGCUUUCCGACGUUGAUCCGCCGGUCUUCGCUGGCUCGCUCGAACUCAUCCAUGUCAUCCCCGGAGUCGAUGGUCUCGGAUGUCUCGACGGUGUCGUCUCGCUCGUCGCGCUCUUCAUCAAUAUCAUCCAGCGCAUCUGGCCCUUGCCCCCCCGUCCAAGCUCGUUUGGCUGUCCAAGCGACUCGCCGAUGCGCGAAUUCGCUCAAGGACUGCCGGAAGAAUGUGGCUGUUGUUUCGCCUGCUGGGGGAACGACGGUUGCGACCGACGUAUACGAAUCCCCCGAGUCUUGUAAAGGUGUCGUCCCCCAGAUGCCUGACUUUUCUGGCUUCUCUCUGGGAACUCCCGUCGAUCUGAGUGCUUCCACCCAGGAAGCUGCCCGGAGCUUAUGUGAGCUCUCCGGUGCUGUUUCUGUCACUCCCCAGAACCCGGAACCUACGAGUUACCAAGCUUCGCGUCGGAAGCGUGGCCGGACUGGGUCUGAAGACUUGUCUCUGCAACUUGAUAUCCGCCGUAUGAUCAAUUCCCAUGCGACUAAAGGCGCCUCUAUUCUUCCUGAUGGGAAUUUGGCAGAUUCGCUCCUACUUGGUGAACAGAAGCUUCACUGUGUUCGGGGAGCUCCUCGGCUGGGCACGUAUCCUCGGAUCGCAUUGUCUGGUCCUGUGGGUACGAAACGUGCUUGCUGUGGCAGCGAAACAAGACAGGUGGCGCUCAAUCCGAACUUUCGGGUUGAAUUCGCUGAAUAA